GUUGACAUAAGCAAAAAGUGCUCGCUGAUUGGCUGAUAGUCUUACGCUUAUGCUCAUAUUUAUGCUUAUGCCAACAUGUCCUCACUGGACACUAUUGCGACAUAAGCAUAAGCAUAAGAAGAACGCAAGGUUUUGAUGUUCUUAUGCUUACGCUUAUGCUUGCGUCGUGGCUGUCCUCUCUAGAGCGUCGCUAGUGAGUCCCUCGGUCCCUAGGAGACCCGAGGGACCGGUAUAUACCUGCGAGAGACUGGACCCUGUAGCCGACGAUCCAAGAUGGCGGCUUUUCGAACAGUGCCUGAACGACUUUUGAGACCUGUUGCACGUGCAUUGUCUGCAAGAAACAGCGACUUUCUUGCUUCCAAAGCCACCCUCGGCAGACCUAGGAUGUAUCGUGCUGCCCUGUGCAAGGAGCUGGGAAAACCUCUCGUGGUAGAACAGGUGCCUGCAGUGGAGAAACUAAAGGCGUCCCAGGUCAGAGUUGCUGUUCAUAGUUGCGGCAUUAACUUUGCUGACAUACUCAUGUGUCUUGGAAAAUAUCAAGAAAAACCACCAUUGCCAUUUACUCCAGGUAACGAAAUUGCUGGAGUAGUGAUUGAAACUGGAGAAGGUGUAAAGCAGCUGUCGAAGGGUGACAGGGUAUUUGGACUGGCAGCACUGGGUGGAUUUGCUGAAGAAUGCAUUGUUGAACAGAGUGGUCUGUGGAAGAUUCCGUCCAAUAUCGAGUACAAUCAGGCUUCUGCAUUUGCAGUUUCUUAUGGCACAGCAUAUGUAGGCCUGACCAACAAGUCCAAUACACAGCCUGGCCAAACAGUUUUAGUCACAGCGGCAGCAGGAGCUCUGGGCUUAGCCACUGUUGACAUCGCAGCCAAUGCACUGGGAGCCAAGGUUAUCGGAGCUGCAAGCAAGGACAAACUUGAUGUUGUUACAAGUAUGGGAGCCUCAGCUACAAUUGACUAUAACAAGGAGAGUAUAAAAGACAAGGUCAAAGAACUAACAGGAGGGAAAGGGGCAAAUGUGAUCAUGGAAGCUGUUGGAGGACAGGUUUUUACUGAGUGUCUGAGAUGCAUUGCAUGGGGAGGAGUCAUUCUUCCAGUUGGCUUUGCUUCAGGAGAUAUUCCACAGAUCCCAGCAAAUGUUCUCUUGGUGAAAAACUGUUCAGCUGCCGGUUUGUUUUGGGGAUCCCACAUGAAGCACAACCCAGCACUUCUGAAAGAGUCUGUAGAUAAAUCUUUGGAGUUACUUGUGCAGGGAAAGCUCAAAGGACCACAUAUUUCUGGAGAAUUUGAACUAGACCAGGCAAAUGAAGCUUUCAAGUUUGUGAUGCAGAGAAAGUCGACUGGAAAAGUUUUAAUAAAAACAAGAUAGAUGGGUUGUAUGACAACUAGUGAAAAUAGUUAUGUAAAAUAAUACAAAGUAUGUCACAUGUGCAUUCAUAAUCAAGAUUAUUUUCGUUAGAAAUUAUUAACUUAGAGACUAGAUAGUAAUUUGCAAGACAUACAGGACAGUUUGUUGCAUCUAAACAACAACAGUUGGUUUCAAAAUUUGUUUCAUUAAUUAUCUAACAUUAUAGUGAUUCAUCAGUUAACAUCCAGUGAUUACCAGCAAACCUUUGCAUUUCCAUCAGUUGACAAAGGGUGUGUUUCUGUAAGCGUUUCUGUGAGAAAAUCCAAGAUUGGAUUCUUAAAUCUGAAAGAAUCUGAGAACGGAUUUCAGAGUGGAUUCAUUGGUUCCUUUGAUGCACCAUGAUCAGAGAGAUGUUGGAUUGAUCUGUUUAUUAAAGAAAUGCAAAAUCCGUUUUUCGGAUUCUUUCAGAUUUAAGAAUCCAAUCAUGGAUUUUCUUAAAGAAACGUACCCGAAGUCUCUGAAAGUCACACAAAUGGACACAAAUUUUUUACUUUGGUGACAAAUCAUUGCAAGUUUACUGGUGAUUCAUCCCAAGUUAGUGACUAAUGAAACAUGCUUUAACACAGGGUGUUACGGCGCAGCAAGUGACUGCGUAACAGUUAGGUAUUGUUAUAAAGUGAUUAUUGAGUAAUCAUCCAUUCAAUCUCAAAUCAAUACAUCAAGUUGAAAAACAGAGCCUACCAACGGUAUGUCAGCAGUUUGGGUAUUGGUUUGGCUGAUCAGAGAUUCCAGGAAAUUUCAAUUCAUGCUACACUGGAGUUUUUCUAGGCUUGAUUUCUGCCGCUCUUGGGUCCAUGUGCCUCCCUGAGAAGAGGGAGCAUCUGGUAACAGGGUUCGUACCCUUUUUCAGAAACAAAUUUCCAGGACUUUUCCAGGACUCUAAAAUUCAUAUUAACCC